CAUUUUUUAAUGGAGGCAUGGGUUAUAAAUGCCGGGAAGAAGGAGCUUUAUUAUGAAGCUUUCUUCCCUUUUCAUUAAAAAAAAGAAUAAGAAAAUCGUUUCAAGACUCCCCUCAAAUGCCCAUCUCUCUCUCUACUUUGCUGUGAAAUUUUCUGCAUCACAGUCUUUAUAGCUUUUGUUUCAAAGGGGUUCUGUUUUCUUGAUAAGGUGACAGAAUUGUAUAGUUUGCACUAUGAAUCUAUUUCCCCAAGAACAUGAUUUUUUUCCUUAGCUUCUUCUCCAACAGAAUCUGAAUAAAGGUUCUACUCAACAACUACUACUGAAAGAGUGGCUUUUUUCUCCAAGAUGAUGGAUAUGGUUCAAGAAGAUGUGAUAGAGACAGAUAAUAUUAUCCUGUCCGAGUGGCAAUCAAACGGUUCCGUUCUUGCUAACCCAAUGUCAGUUUCUUCUCUUCUCCCUCCAACAUGGGACAAAAAUAUAAGUUUGCAUACUGAUAUUCUCCCAAAUGGUGCUUCAUCGGACCUCCUUCCGGGAUCUGGAAAUAUCGGUAUGUUCUGGACCCAGCCAAAUGCAUUUGUACCUACUGCUUCUAGGAUGGUACCUCAGUUUCCAGAUUCUGAGUCUAUUCAAAGAGCUCUGAGGUUGUCUUGCUUCAAUGGAGGUAACAUGCCCAUGGGUCCUUAUUCAAGGGGUCUAAUGCCAAUUCAAAAGACUAUGAAUCCUUAUUCUGUGGCUGAAAGUUCCAAGGAGGGUUCUUUACUGCUUGAAGAAUUGAAGAAUCACAAAAAGUGUGAGAAAUUUUUUGAAGCCAACGAUGGCUUAGGGAAUGAGUGCGAGGGGCAAGAAUGUAGUGGCCAUGGUGAUCAAGAAAAGGAAUCUGUUUCUAAGAAAAGGAAAUGGAGGGGACAGGAAUUACAGCAGGCAGAACUUGAGAAAAACAAGGGAAUUCCUCAUAUUUCUGAUGUCACCGUGGAUCGAACUGAGAUUCAACAAGAUAUUGAUCAAAUUUUGAUGUCGUCAACUUCCAGCAAACAUGGCAUGGAUUACAUCAAACAGGCAGGGUCCCACGCUUCGGAUCCUUCCAAAGAAGAACAUAUACAUGUUCGAGCUAGGAGAGGCCAGGCGACAAACAGCCACAGUCUUGCAGAAAGAGUAAGGAGGGAAAAGAUCAGUCAACGGAUGAAAUUUCUUCAGGAUCUUGUCCCUGGUUGUAACAAGGUGACAGGCAAAGCAGUAAUGCUGGACGAAAUCAUUAAUUAUGUACAACCCCUUCAACGACAGGUCGAGUUUUUAUCCAUGAAGCUUGCGACUGUGAUUCCACGUGCGGAUUUCAACAUGGAUGGUUUACUUGCAAAAGAUACGUCCCAAGUUGGUCGAUCUUUGCUAACUUUUCCACCUGAUGUUACAAUGCAUUAUCCGGCGUCAAAACCCCCACAAUGGGAAUUCCCUCAAUGCCCUCCAGAGAAUUAUCAACUCCUGAAAAGCCACCACCAGUAGAGGCCGGCUUCAAGUUUCCUGCUUUUCAGGUUCCCAGAAGAAGAGUGAAUCCUGAGUAGUGAAUCUAGUAAUAUAUUUUUGACCAGGUGAAUAGAUGGUUUCUGCAAGUUAACUAAGUACAUUUAACACAAGAAGUUAUCUGUUCUGUUUUGUUUGGUCUGUAAAUUUCUAGCCUUUUAGAAAGCUGAUAAGUUCUUUAAUUUCUGGUUCCUUGUUUCUGCUUGCAGAAGCUGAAAUAUUCUUAUAAUUUUUUGUUGAAGAAAUAUAUAUGAGAUUU